UGCCUCAGGGCCUCAGCCAAUGUUAUUGUCGCCAUCCUCACGACCUUUACAAAAGUCUUUCAUAUAAUAGCUCUAGCUACUCUGGGUUCAUUUUUUAGGUUCACAUAAAGUGAUUGUUAUUGCGCUUACAUGUGCGAUUCAUUUUUGUUUGGCCUAUACUUGUUAUUCCUUUCAUGUUAUAUUCCUUUAAAAACACACAUUACAGCUUGUUUUGAUGAUCUGAUUGUCUUUUGGUUCUCUGGAGAGAGACUGGGUGCUUCUCAAUUGUAUGGGCUCUUUGGUCUUUCAUGUAGGAGAGCAAAAGUAGCUCUUUCCUUCAGACCCAGGCCUAUAAUUUCGGAUGGGUAAAAUGGAGGUCAGAAUCAAGCCCCAAAAGAUUCAGCUUGUUGAAUCAGAAAUUAGUGCAAAAUAUCAUCAACUAGCUUGUUGUCGACAUAUAAUGACUCCUGUAUAUGAUAAAUGCCAAGUUUGAUCUGGGUUCUUGCUGAUAAGAGGAAGAAAACUUGAAUUAUCGAUUAGAUUUAGCUUAGAAGAGGGAAAUUCCUUUUGUUGGUAAAAUCAGAUGGAGGCACAACCAACCACACCUGCCGGGCAACCAAGCGCGCCCAGAAAGAAGAUGACCAAACAGUUAACAGGAAAGCGCGAUGACACGGUGUUACAUUCCGCGGCGAGAGCAGGAAAUCUGAGUGCAGUAAGAGAGACCCUUACCAGCACUGAAGAGGGUGAGUUGAAGGAAUUGUUGGGGAAGCAAAACCAAUCAGGUGAAACUGCACUUUAUGUUGCUGCAGAGUAUGGUUAUGUUGAUGUGGUUAGGGAGAUGAUACAGUGCUAUGAUCUUGCCGAUGCCAGUAUUAAAGCGAGGAAUGGGUUUGAUGCACUCCACAUUGCUGCCAAACAGGGGGAUUUGGAGGUGUUGAAGGUACUAAUGGAGGCUCAUCCGGAACUGUCUAUGACUGUCGAUUUAUCGAACACCACUGCGUUGCACACGGCUGCAACACAAGGGCAUAUAGAGAUAGUGAAUUUUUUAUUGGAGGCAGGGAGUAGUUUGGCAACGAUUGCGAGAAGUAAUGGGAAAACAGCCCUACAUUCUGCAGCAAGAAAUGGUCACUUGGAGGUUGUGAAGGCACUCUUAGCAAUGGAGCCUGGGAUUGCAAGAAGGAUGGAUAAGAAGCGGCAGACUCCCCUUCAGAUGGCGGUGAAGGGCCAAAACAUUGAAGUGGUGGAUGAAUUGAUUAAAGCAGACCCUUCUGCAAUAAACAUCACUGAUACCAAGGGAAACACAGCAUUGCAUAUCGCAACAAGGAAGGGCAGAGCUCAGAUUCUUAAGCUGUUACUUGCACACAAGGAGACGGACAUAAAAGCUGUGAACAGGACUGGUGAAACAGCCAUUGACACUGCUGAGAAAAUUGGGAAUUCUGAUGUUGGAGCCAUUCUGCGUGAACAUGGAGUACAGAGUGCCAAAGUAAUCAAGCCCCAAGCAACAAACCCUGCUCGCGAAUUGAAACAAACUGUCAGCGACAUCAAGCAUGAAGUACAUUACCAGCUCGAACACACCCGUCAAACCAGAAAACGAGUGCAAGGUAUUGCCAAACGUAUCAACAAAAUGCACACAGAAGGCCUCAACAAUGCAAUCAACUCCACCACUGUUGUAGCCGUCCUCAUUGCCACAAUCGCCUUUGCAGCCAUUUUCACUGUCCCCGGCCAAUAUGUUGAUGAUCCAAAUGACAUCCCUCCUGGCCUAUCACUAGGAGAAGCAAACAUCUCCCCAAAUGUUUCCUUCAUAAUCUUCUUUAUCUUUGAUUCCAUUGCCCUCUUCAUUUCUCUGGCUGUAGUGGUGGUGCAAACUUCUGUUGUAGUGAUAGAAAGCAAGGCAAAGAAGCAAAUGAUGACGAUAAUCAACAAAUUGAUGUGGUUGGCUUGUGCACUGAUUUCAGUGGCGUUCUUGGCACUAUCCUUUAUUGUGGUGGGUAAGCAUGAGAGGUGGUUAGCCAUUGGAGUAACCAUCAUAGGAACGAGUAUAAUGGCCACAACCUUGGGAACAAUGUGUUAUUGGGUAAUCAAGCAUCGGAUUGAGGCAUCAAAUAUAAGAAGCAUUCGGAGAUCAUCGAUUGGGAGUAGAUCACGGUCCUUUUCCAUGUCUGUGAUGUCAGAUUCCGAACUCUUGAACAAUGACAAGAAAAUGUAUGCAAUUUGAUGAUUUCGUCAUAGAUUUUGGCCAUUGUAUAAGUUGACCUCUGAUUGUAUAUUUCUUGAAGAGCUGGUCAUCCUUUUCUUCGGGAAUUUUGAUCAUUGUAAGAAGAUAUCAUUCCUACGCUGUGAUCAUGGUUAAGGAUGAAUUUUGACAACUUGUUGUCAGAACAGCUCACCCAAACAUGACAAAGGGAAUCAAUUGCUUUUUUCUACUGCGCCA